AUGCUGAAUCUGGUAUUCCAUCCAGCUUCGAUUCCUUCUGUAUGUGGCGUUAUCCAUAUUAAGGUAGCGCGAUCGUCGAGGAAAUACAGAUCGUACGAGGAUGACAAGAUUGAUAAAUUGCGUGCGAUGGCCGAAUUCGGACUAAGAGAAGAACACUUUGAUGAUUUGCCGAGUGAGCCAAGGCCAGUCAGAAGCACCGCUUACUCGUCUAGUUUUAGCAAUAAUCUUUACGCAUUAACCGAUGUUUACCAUAAAGCACUAAAGGUUCACGGUAGCAGUGAAGCGUUAGAUGCCCACCGGCGACCGCUAUUGACGAUGGGUAAAGAGUUGACGGAUGCGGAGCGAAUGCGGAUGCGUAUGAGAGUGGAAAGUACGUCAGUAAGCAAAGGAGCUGAUCGAGUAGUCGCUAUAGCCUUCACACUUAAUGCUUGUGAUGCUGCCUUUAAAUAUACUGCUGCAUACUUAACGGGGUCAAAAUCGUUAUUUGCUGAAGCUAUCCACAGUACAAUGGACACUUGUAAUCAGUUAAUUCUACUUAUGGGCAUAAGAUUUUCGGCCAGGAAUCCUGACAAGUUGUUUCCGUAUGGUUAUGGAAACAUGCGAUAUGUGUCAGCAUUGAUUUCUGGAUGCGGUAUUAUGGCAUUUGGUUGCGGACUGUCGAUCUAUCAUGGUGUUUCAGGGUUGUUGAACCCUACGGAAUUGGAGCCGCUUAAUUAUGCCUAUUAUGCGUUAUUCAUGUCGUUGUGCUUUCAAGGAGCGUCAGCCAUCACCGCAUACACUGAGGUGAUGCGGAAAGCAAGGAUAGCUCAACUCAGCAUUAUUAAUUACGUUAGAACAGCAGCCGAUCCAUCUCUAAACGUAGUUUUGCUGGAAGACACUGCGGCAGUCACUGGUGUAGGAAUUGCUCUUUGUGCCGUUUCGUUGUCUUCAUUGCUAGAGUCACCUAUUCCUGAUUCGAUUGGUUCAAUUUUGAUUGGAUGCUUACUAGGUACUGUAGCAUCAUUCAUUAUUCGGACAAAUGCUGCUCACCUCGUUGGCCGAAGCUUACCCAAACGAAUUACCGACGACAUUGUUUGUCGUUUGAACAACGAUCCUGUUAUACGAUCAGUACACGAUGUAAAAGCCACGGCAUUGGGCGUUGAGCAGUCGAGAUUCAAGGCCGAGUUGGAUUUCAACGGUCGUGAAAUUACGCGUGUCUAUCUUCAUCAUAACGUGGAUAUGCCGUCACUUCUGAAAGAAGUUAGAAAUCUGAGAAACGAAAAGGAAUUGGAAGAAUUCAUGGAAAUACAUGGAGAAAAAAUAAUCGAUCGGCUUGGUGAUGAAGUCGACAGGAUCGAGAGUGAGAUUACGAAAAAGCAUCCUGAUAUUCGACAUGUUGAUUUGGAAGCAUCAUAA